AUGGUCUCUGGUUUUUGGAUUUCUCCCCUACCACGGAGACGAAUGCAAUGGAUGAGACAUCAACAUGGAGGAGUGAAAGGUAAUGGUAAUGGAAAGUCUGCUUAGUGAUAAGAUAACUUAAAAAAACGCCCGAGUAACAUAUCAGUUUGUAGAUUACCUAAUAGCAUCAUGAAAGAAUAAAGCUGGAUACAUAUUUAUGAGCUAAUGGUCGAAAAGAGCAGGGGGCACGUUUUUGUUCAAUUUUUUCUUUUUUCCCUCGUUCGUGACAUGACGAUAUAUUAUUGUUUCUUUCUUAGAACGUCCUUCUUUCAAAGCAUAGAAGAGAGCUACUACCGACAGGGGAUUUGAAAAUUUUUUUUCGUUCUGUCCCGUCCUUCUAAAAGACAGGAAGUCCUGUCCCCAGCUCAGGGAAAAUGGGAAAAAGCUUGAGUCCCGCUCCCCUGACCUAGGACAGCAAACAAGAAAAAUUUACCGUCAGUCGGUUAUUACUCCGAAAACAACUGAGUAAACCUGACUGCUGUUAAUUGAUCACGAUGCCACUUUAAUCAUGAUACCAGUGAAAGCCUGUUUGCUUUGAAGUAAAAAAAAAAAACCUAACAUACAGUCAAACCCAGUUAACUCUGAAAUAGAGGUAUCACAAAAAGUGUCCGCGUUAACUAACGUAGUAAGUGGGUCAUGUUAUUAAAGUAAAAAAAAACUCUUUUCAAUCAAAACCCUUCUCGUGUAUAACUCGUUUGGUGCCAAAAAUUGACCUCUACAAAUCAUCCUAUCCGGUAUAUUGUAGGGCUGGGAACAUCGACAUGCUGUCAACUGAAGGAUUUUUUUCCUUGAAAAAGGAAAGGUCUAUUUACAUGCAGCACCCAGUUGAUAAUGAAGUGUUCGCAUUAGCGAGGUUGGCUUUCUAUAAGAAUUCGUUGAUUGGACAAGAACUAAGUGUCCAUUGACAGCAUUAACUGGUGUCCGUAUUAAGCGGGUUGAAUUUAGAGAAAAUGUAUUUGCUAAGAGCUUUCCCCAGGGGCAAAGAAAACUGUCCGUAAUAACAAAGUGUCCGUAUUUCAGUGGUUACCACUAACACGCGCCCUUGAAUGGCUUUUCCUCUCUGUUGAAACCUGAGUUUCCGUGGACAGCGUCAACAAACUGUUUCCAUGGUUUUCUCACGCGCUCCCGACAGAGAAGGUUCCCUCAUCGCUGAAUGAAGGGCGAAGCCCAAUAAGAUGAAGGAUUAUAUUGUUAAAACAACGAUGACUCUGCGAGCUGUGUGAAAUAGCCGAAACACUCUCUAUAGUUUACGUUAAGGUUUUUAAGUUGUUUAUUUAUUUGAUUGUAUGAAAACACGGGAGCCGUCGACGAAUUGCCAAAGAGUAUAAAUUCAAAGAAACGAAAGAUAUCACGCAGACAAGGGAAAAAGUUUCCUCUGAAUGGAAGCUGUUUUCGAAAAUGAAUUUUGCAACCUGCAGAUCUACUGAUUAUUCUUCAUGUUGUCGAAUACAAUCAACAACCCUUACAACGGCAACAACAAGAAUUUAUCGUGGUUACGGUUUGCCAUUUACAUACAGCGCAGAAUUAGCAAGAACUCAGCGAGUUGCGAGCGUGUAUUGAGAACGAUUAGGUGGUUGUAAAGCUUUGUAAAUUACAGUGUGUAACAAAUUCGUACUUCGUGUCAGAUCCUGUAGCAAAAUAUUGGAAAAACGACUUAUAAAACGCCGACAUGUUCUUCCAAGUGCUCGAGAAACAGGGAAAGAAUCUUCUCUAGGCCAAUCUUCUCUAGGCCAAUUGACCUCCACCAAAACGCAGGUUUGAACCGAAGAAAAAACCUUUCAGGGCGCGUGUUAGUGGUAACAGCUGUAAGCAGGUGUCCGUAAAGCGAGGUUUGAACUCUUCUCGCUGCUAAACUAGGAUUCCCCGGCAAGAAUUUACCGCUUUAUAGGCUAGUCUGUAAUAAACUAGGAAUAUUAAUUACUAUCUAGGGACCUUAAGAUCCGAUAACGGCGAUGGCAACGAGAACGUCAAUAAAACAUUACAGCCUGGUAAUACAAAAAACAACAAUUCUUCACGUGCAGCACACUUGUUUUUGUUCAUUGCUUUGCCGACACUGCACGAUUACGACGUGGAAAUGCCUUAAUUCCUAAUUUCACGUUUUAAGGAGGACUUAACUUUUCUUUCUCUUUCUGAAGUUCAGCGGAUAUGGUUCUUAGGAAUUCAACUCCAGGAUAAUUCGCCUAGUAAGCUUUUGACAAAGCAAUUGAGUUGAAUUAUGUCGAUGAAGAUUGAACAGGGAAAGAGAUCUCACUUUAUGUGAUUUUUGUUGCCGUCGCCGUCCUCCGACCUUCUAUUAACUAGAACGAUCCUUACACUAACUCAAAAUGAUGUGGUGACCAUGAUCUUUCCUUCAAGGUCCGUAUAAUUUCUUUUUCCAUGGUCCCUUUGGGCGAUGGUCACUACACGGACAGAGGUAUCGAGUUCCCUGGCAACGAGGUAAGGUUUCGUCAUCAAGACGUGCCCCAUUCCCCCGCCGGUUCGUCAUUUCGGAAAGAAUUUGUUUUACUAGACACAGACCCCCACCGGGCCAGGGAGAAGGUGAUGAGGUUUAGGUUGCGUUCCUUUUGACCAAUCAAAAUCCUGAUUUUACAAUGAUUUAUCGUUCCAUUAAUAAUCUGAACCAUCGAUCUCGACGUUUGGAUCGUUCAGACUGGUAUCUCAAUCUGGUUUCAGAUUUUCGUUCCAUUUAACGAAACUGCUCUUUGAUCGCCAGAAUGAGCUGGUAUCUCGAUAAACAUGGCUGGUCAAAGUCAGUUCAGGCAAAAAGAUUUUACACUCCUCCGUUGUUUUAUGCCGCUUAAGGACCGUAGUUUAAUUGAUUCAAGUUGCACUGGGGUAACUCUAAAUCCGUAAAGAAACGAGAGCGCUUGGAGAUUCUCACCGUGAAAUGUCCGAUGUGUGUUUAGUGCUCGCCUCAAAGCAUUUUUAAAGCUUCGUAAUUGUCUUCUGAGCUUGUUUGGUUAAAAUUACAGAUAUUUUCAAGUUACAAGGCCCAGUAAGGACAGCUACUUGUUAAAGAGCUACUUUUCCUUCCAUCGCUCCACGAGAAGACUCAUAAUUUAACGAAGAUAAUUAUAAAAACAGAUGCGAGGAAAUUGAGAAGAUCAGUGUGCAGCAGCCAUCUCUUCUCAGAUUUUUGUUCCGGAUAGCACGAAAGUACAAACAAUCUGGAUUGUAUAAAAUCCGAAAAAUGUUUGGCUAAAGGGAACGCAACCUUAAUGUCGCUUUAACCUGCGAUCAGGAGCUCUUUUUUCCUUUAGAGAUACUUUGACACUUUUUAAGAUAAUGGAGGGGAGGGCAUUUUCUCAGGUUAAUGGGGAGUUAAAUCAAAUACCUUUUUGAGCGACGCACAUCAACCGGAAGUAAGUCGUUUUCCCUUUCAUUUUGACAUGACGCUACAAACGUUGCUUUCCUAAGUGUCUUCAGUUUUCUCUAAUAUAGACUAGUUGCCCGAAAUUCUGGUCAAAGUCAUGUCUGUAGGAAGACAGCCGGUCAUUAACUUAUAAACUCCAAAUCGUGUUUUUCGAAAGUAACUUGAAGGUGCGGAUUGAAUACUACAAAACAAAAUCAUCGGAUGGAAAGAAAGCCAUGCUAAUUCAACAUACAAGUCAACAGAAAAGGAAAUUGAUUAAAUUUAACUUCUUCUGAUCUUAUGGCUAACUUUUUUUAGUUGAAAUAGAACUGGUGGUCUGCUGCGUUCUGAUUGGUUGAGCUACCACUAAAUAUAGGCUACAUGUUAUAGCCCACUAGUAGCGAAAAGCGCCGGCUUUGAAAACCAAAACAAAGGUUUUAAGUCUGGCUUAAACUAGCUAAAGUUUUUUUUGUUUCGAUAGUUUUUACCAAGUAGUUGGAUUUUACUGAAACAAUUAUUCCUCUUACCCUCAUGGCCUCUGAGUCAAUAGCCCAUUGACUCAGGGCUAUAGACUCAGACGCCCAUUCGGGCUCGAGGAAUAAUUGUUAAAUACCUCAUUCGCGUACGACUAAGCAACUAUUGCUCAUUGCAGCUAAAGCAACUCUAUAACGAUGUGCAAAAAGAGAACAAGGUUUCUGGCCAACAGAAAUCCGUAAAGUCUUAAGAACGCCGGAUUAAGAUAAUUGUCCUGUCGUGGGGUAUAACCGCCUCGUAACAACUUUUUCUGAGUACAGCCCGGGUGGUUUUAAAAGUUGUCCCAGUGCUGAAUAAAAAGAGCGUAUUCCAAGAUUUAGCGUCUGAUUUUGUUUAAUAACUGAUUAUUUUCUUUGUUACCAUCUAUUGGUUAUCUUCCAGUUCAGUGCGGAGGUAACGUAACUAUUAACAACACUAGUGAAAUCACUAGUCCCGGAUUCCCAUUAAACUAUCCUAAUAAUGCAAACUGUGAGUGGAAAAUCUACGUGGAUGAAGGCUCGCGAAUAAAGCUAACGUUCAUGGACUUUAAAGUAAGUGAUAAAUUAAUGAGGGAACAAAGUUUUUAAGUGAUUAGCAACGACAUUUAAAAUUCUAUUUUUAAAGUGACUAACAUUUUGGGCUUUGAUCCAAGAAAAGAUAAUCAUCCCGACCCCUUUCCACAGUAAGGCUUUUGAACUUGUUUACAAAUUUGAGACAAGCUGAACGUUGCUUUGCACACUGAGUAGAGGUAUUUUAUUGCCCUCUAAGGGGUCUCCAAACGUUGCUUUCCAUGAACCUGCUCCAAACUUAGCUUGCUAUUUGUUGUGACAGCUACCUGAUCGUCGAGUUUCCUCUAUUGUACCUAACGUUAAUUCUUUCAAAAACCUAUUUGAGCGGUUUUAUUCCUGACUUUCCCCUGUCUUUAAAACCUUCAUUUCUCGAUAACCAUCUUACCAUCCAACAUUCGGAUUUUUCCAUUUUUGUAUUAAUUUCGUUGACUGAUAAGCCAGUAAAUCGAAGUAUACACGCUUAUGCUCUCAUAUAGCUGAACGGUUUUGAGUUAAGAGGGUUUAUCUUUCAUGAUAUUCACAAACAACAGAGAAGGAGUUCGAGCGAUUCGGGCUACAAAGUACAAACAAUAUGUGGCGGGAAAACAUACUCGCACACGCGCACUUGUUGCGCAGAAGUACACAACAAGUAUAAAAUAUACUGUUUGACGUUGGCACAACAGGAAUAAAAUAUUUAAUUAUAUUGAAACACCCAACUUUGGUUUAAACGAUUUGCUUACCAAGUCCAAUCAUACUGCAUUAUAGAUUUAUAGAGUAGAGGAACGAACUUUUGAGACACUCUGUAGUAAUUACGUCUCGCUGAGUAACGUAUGUUUCACCCCCUAGGUGGAAUCAUGUCCGUUUGAUUAUUUGGAGGUUUUUAAUGGUGACACAAAAGAUAUAAAGAAACGUGUAGCUAAACUAUGCGGAAGUGAUUUACCUGAUCCUAUCGAAUCCAGUGGCAACACGCUCAUCCUAAAGUUCUCUUCAGAUUACGCAAUUUGCUACAAAGGCUUUAAGCUGCAGCUUACAAAAACAGGUGUGGCACUAGCUAGUUUUGUGAGUACAUAUCAAGAGUAAUGAGAAUUAUUCUCUCUGUACAUAUUUAUCCUGAUGUAAUUAGGCAUUUACAAUAUGGUACUGAGCAAGUGACUGCAAAACGCCGGAUAAGCAAUAGUACCUACAGUGAACAUAGACUAGAGAUCAGAAAGUAGUUGCGGCCACACUAGAAUGCGAUACGAGAGGUUUCACCUGUAAGCUUUUACCGGGAAUUAUUAUUAUUAUGUUUUUUUUUUUAUGGAUAAGAAGUCACUUCAUUGGAGAUGGUUGUAGCUCAUUGAGGUUCGACCUUAAUAUGUAUAUUUCUAUGAUGUCAAUCUUUCGUCUUUCAGCUCCAUUGUGUGGCCCAGAGGAUGCUUUUGCGGAUUAUGCCUUCCUUAUAGAUGCUUCAAGCAGUAUUCUCCCAUCGGAAUUUGAUAUUUUAAAAACCUUCGUCAAACGAGUGAUAGACUUUCUUCAGAUUGGACCUAAUCAGACCCAUGUUGGUGUGAUUGAGUACAGCAGGAAUGCUAGUUUGCAGUUCAAUUUUUCAAGAUCCUAUGACAAACGAGAAAUUAAAAACUUUGUGGAACAAGUACCCCAUACUGCAGGUAUCACACGGAUCGAUUUGGCGUUGAAGGUUGCUUCGGAACAAUUAUUCACACCGCAAGAAGGAAUGAGAGACGGUUCAAGAAAGGUAAGGUUAAUUAAGCAGCUAUCAAUAAAUUCACCGUGAUUUUCCUUAAGUUCCCCGGUAAGUGUGAAACGGUAACUUAUUUUUCCUUCUAAAAUUCCAAAACAUGAACCCAAGGACUACAGAAGGAUUUUAUGUCGAGAACAUUUUCUAAUUUUGUGAAGUAUUAUUUGUAAAGAAACUGCAUUUGACAGUUAUCGUUCAAAGAGAUACAAAGUUCUAAACUAGGUAAUGGGUGAAAGGGGUGCCAUUUGUCAAUAGAAGGUAUUCUAAAGGGGUACCUUUUCUACCAAAAAUGGUAAGAGGUGAAACGCUAAUUUAUUAUUCCUUCUAAAAUUCCAAAACAUGAACCUUUCUAACAUUUGAUGACCUGAUGUACGCACCACAUCGUAUUGAGAAACGUUUCGUUCUCUUAGUUGUACUCGAACAACAACAAAUCAACAAAAAUUUUAUUCCACAUAGUUCAGAUACAACACUAAUUACAUACCACGCACCGUUCACACCUUGCUCAAGGCUUCCGGUUCAGAAUGAUACCUUGUUUUAGACUCGGGAUCCCGAAAACCGCACCCAGUUCAGCGGCGCAUCCCCGUUUUGGCCAGGCAAGGGAGUCCACCCACCUUGGAUUACAGACGGAAGUUAAUUCCCUCCUUUCACCCGAUCUGCAAGAUAUACAGGUUGUCCCAAAAGUUCGUGCCUUUAAUUUCAUGAGCUAAAACUUUUGAUCAAAGCUUAAUAUUGACACGAAAUUUCUCAAACAUUUUUAUUGCUUUAUCGAGUUCAUGUAUUUAGAAGUUCAGUAACUGGCAUUGCCCCUUUGUUUUUUUGUUUUUUUUUUAUCACACUCUGUUGCAGUUGCGGCAGUGAGUGCAGGAGCCAUGUUAUGUAGCGUAUAAAGCCCCAGAUGAUUCAUUUUAAGCUUUUUUGUCACCUAGUAAGCAGGAGCCACUUGAGACCAGCUGAACGAUGCUUUGCAAACUGAGUAGAGGUUUUUUAUUGCCCUCUUAGGGGUCUCCAAACGUUGCUUUUCAUGAACCUGCUCCAAACUUAGCUUGCUAUCUGUUGCUAUCUGUUGUGACAGCUCGUCGAGUUUCCUCUAUUGUACUUAACGUUCUUUCAAAAACCUAUUUGAGCGGUUUUAUUCCGGACUUUCCCCUCGUUUCUUGUCUUUAAAACCUUCAUUUCUCAAUAACCAUCUUACCACCCGACAUUCGGAUUUUUCCAUUUUUGUAGUAAUUUCGUUGACUUAUAAGCUAGUAAAUCGAAGUAUACAUGCUUAUGCUCUCAUAUAGCUGAACGUUUAUGAGUUAAGAGGGUUUAUCUUUCACGAUAUUCACAAACAACAGAGAAGGAGUUCGAGCAAUUUGGGCUACAAAGUACAAAAAAUAUGUGGCGGGAAAACAUACUCGCACACGCGCACUUGUUGCGCAGAAGUACACAAAUCAAAUAUUAGAGUCAAAAGAUGGCACAACAAGUAUAAAAUAUUUAAUUAUAUUGAAAGACACUACUUUACUUUAAACGACUUGCUUACCAUGUCCAAUCGUACCGCAUUAUAGAUUUAUAGAGUAGAGGAACGGACUUUCGGGACACCCUUAGCUAGCUGUAUAUGCAAUUAUAUAAUUACUACUCGCUGAGUAACGUAUGUUUUGCCUCCUAGCUGGAAAAAUGUCCGUAUGAUUAUUUGGAGGUUUUUAAUGGUGACACAAAAGAUAUAAAGAAACGUGUGGCUAAACUAUGCGGAAGUGAUUUACCUGAUCCUAUCGAAUCCAGUGGCAACACACUCAUCCUAAAGUUCUCUUCAGAUUACGCAUUUGGCUACAAAGGCUUUAAGGUGCAGCUUACAAAAACAGGUGUGGCACUAGACUAAGAAGUUCUGUUGGUACAUAUCAAGAGUAAUGAGAAUUAUUCCCUCUGUACAUAUUUACCCUGAUGUUAUUAGGCCUUUAUAAUGUUGUAGCAAGUGUCUGCAAAACGCCGGAUAAGCAAUAGUACCUACAGUGAAUCUCUACCUACUAGAGAUCAGACAAUGCGUCAAGCGAUCACUUACGAAUGCGAAAAAUAAUAAAACAUUUUGUAAAAUCACUUUACCCCAAAAGUAAUCGCGGCCACAUGAAAGAGCGUUUCGAGAGCUUUCACAUGUAAGCUUUUAUCGGGAAUUAUUAUUAUUAUGUUUUUUUUUUUGGUGGAUAAGAAGUCUCUUAAUAGGCCUUGUUUUGAUACAAACCUUCUUUGCUUUGUUGUGGAAAUUGUUCUUAAAAAAUACUGGUAAGCAUAAGAAUAACUUGAUUUACAUAAUAAAGCAGGAAGGUUUGUAUCAAAACAAGGUCACCCUCAGCCUCGCUUCCAUCCAUAACUGUAAAAUGGCCUAUUGGAAAUGGUUGUCGCACAUGGAGGUUCGACCUUGUGUAUAUUUCUAUACUGUCAAUCUUACGUCUUUCAGUUCCAUUAUGUGGCCCAGAGGGUGCUUUUGCGGAUUAUGCCUUCCUCAUAGAUGCUUCAAGCAGUAUUCUCCCAUCGGAAUUUGAUAUUUUAAAAACGUUCGUCAAACGAGUGAUAGACUUACUUCAGAUUGGACCUAAUCAGACCCAUGUUGGUGUGAUUGAGUACGGCAGGAGUGCUAGUUUGCAGCUCAAUUUUUCAAGAUCCUAUGACAAACGAGAAAUUAAAAGCUUUGUGGAACAAGUACCCCAUACUGCAAAUAUUACACGGAUCGAUUUGGCGUUGAAGGUUGCUUCGGAACAAUUAUUCACACCGCAAGAAGGAAUGAGAGACGAUUCAAGAAAGGUAUGGUUAAUUAAUCAGCUAUCAAUAAAUUCACCAUGAUUUUCCUUAAGUCCCCCGGUAAGUGUGAAACGAUAACUUAUUUUUCCUUCUAAAAUUCCAAAGCAUGAACCCAAGGACUACAGAAGGAUUUUAUGUCGAGAACAUUUUCUAAUUUUGUGAAGUAUUGAUAUUGAAAAGAAAGUGCAUUUGACAGUUAUCGUUCAAAGAGAUACAAACUUCUAAAUUAGGUAAUGGGGGAAAGGGGUGCCAUUUGUCAAUAGAAGGUAUACUAAAGGGGUACCUUUUCUACCAAAAAUGGUAAGGGGUGAAACGGCAAUUUAUUGUCCCUUCUAAAAUUCUAAAACAUGAACCCUUCUAACAUUUGAUGACCUGAUGUACGCACCACAUCGUAUUGAGAAACGUUUCGUUCUCUUAGUUGUACUCGAACAACAACAAAUCAACAAAAAUUUUAUUCCACAUAGUUCAGAUACAACACUAAUUACACACUCAGAUAAUUGAUUACAGGAAUACUGAGAAAUCGGAAAAAAGUAAAACACACCAUAAAAGUAAACACGGUCAUUUUAAGUAAAGGAGCCGGGUUAAGCCCUUUCCCGAUCGCAAUACUGAUUGUAACGCCUUCGAACAUUUGAUGACUUGAUGUGCGCACCACAUCGUAUUGAGAAAAUCUUCGUUCUCUUAGUUGUACUCGANUUCUAACAUUUGAUGACCUGAUGUACGCACCACAUCGUAUUGAGAAACGUUUCGUUCUCUUAGUUGUACUCGAACAACAACAAAUCAACAAAAAUUUUAUUCCACAUAGUUCAGAUACAACACUAAUUACACACUCAGAUAAUUGAUUACAGGAAUACUGAGAAAUCGGAAAAAAGUAAAACACACCAUAAAAGUAAACACGGUCAUUUUAAGUAAAGGAGCCGGGUUAAGCCCUUUCCCGAUCGCAACACUGAUUGUAACGCCUUCGAACAUUUGAUGACUUAAUGUGCGCACCACAUCGUAUUGAGAAAAUCUUCGUUCUCUUAGUUGUACUCGAACAACAACAAAUCAACAAAAAUUUUAUUCCACAUAGUUCAGAUACAACACUAAUUACACACUCAGAUAAUUGAUUACAGGAAUACUGAGAAAUCGGAAAAAAAACUUUCCCGCCGAUAAUAGCAUAAAAGACUAAUUGCCAGAGGCGGCAGAAAGAUGAAAACAAACUUAUGGUGAUGAAAUAAGACAAUUCAAAGUAGACAGACUACAAAUUGUAUUAACUGAGAUAACUAUACAAUAAGGUUAAAUAAGAAAAAUAAAUGGAAAAAUUUCCUUCCAGAAAAAAAAGAUAAAGGAAUAAAUAGAACAAAAAAAUGUGCUUUCCAAGGCUAAGAUAAAUCAUGCUAAAGUAAUUGAGCAAUUGGGAGACUUCAAUAUAGUCAUUUUCAAGCUCUAAAGUUUCAAGAUUCGGAACUUGGAUUUACGAAGACAUCUAACAGAAAAGUAGGUUGAGUUUGAAGUAUUCUACUUCAACUGGCUCUAGACCUGAGAACGCUAUUAAGAACUCUACUGUUGAACUACCACUAGCUACAGACGACAUUAUGGACCUACUCAACCUCUGUUUGACUUCAACGUACUUUCAGUACGGUGGUAAGAACAAUUACAACACGGACUUUGUUAGACGAAACACUCACAGUAACGCUGAUUCCAACAUUCAGACCAAUUCUGGCCCUGUUACGACAGCGACUAUACCGUACAUCAGAGGCACCUAUGAAACUAUUGCACGUAUAUUACAACCUUACAAUAUACCUGUUGCACGCAAACCGAUAACCACUUUACGGCGACUGCUAACUAAUGUCAAGGACAAAACAAACCGGAGGACAGAAAGGGAGCAGUAUACAAGAUCAAAUACUGCGACUGUCAGGCUUCUUACAUUGGUGAAACCGGCAGAAACCUAAGCACGAGACUGACCGAACACAAACGAGCGACGAAGAAUGGUGACGUCAACAAUCACAUUGCUGAGCACCAUUUAAAGACGAAACAUCAAAUUGACUGGGACUCUGCCACAUGUAUAACGUAUUCUACAGACUGCUAGUUUAGAAAGCUGGUUUACUAACUUAGAACAAACGCCACUGAAUCGUACCCAACAGUUACCAGCGCCGUACAAACGACUUAUUGACGAGAUCAAGCAAAACUAACUACGAGAGAAUGACAAUUUGAUUAACAAAAGACGACUGUUUAACUGUGACAAUAGACGGAUCGAAACGCACCAAUUACUGAUUACGAGUCUUCAUAGCCAAUAACAUCACGGCUUAACUGACAAACGACCAAUAACAUUGCGACGUAAUUGACCAAUCAGAUCAAUAACCAGAGUAUGAUACCGUCAACUGACGUGAUACAACUCUGAUACAACUUUGACCCUGAAUAUGACUACCGCACAGGUUUUCGAAACGUCAGUCACUGUCAACAACAACAGUCCUAUUCAGGACUACUUUCACCUGGACGAUCAAACUCAACCUACUUUUGAAAUGACUCCUGGGUUCAAACCUUUCACAGUUUUACAUCUAACAGAGUAAGGGAUAGAGUUCCAAAUCGAUAUACCAGUCCUUGAAAAAGAUUUUUUCAUUUGCUCAGUUUUGGAAGUUUCACGUAGAAGCAUUCAUUUGACGAUGAUCUGGUGUUACAAUUUUGAAUCGUACUGGUUUUGGUGAAUUGGCUAAGAAUGUUGGUCUUGGGACGGACUGCUCAUGAAUGUCAUGCAUACAUUAAAUAACGUACAUGUUUAAAGAAUGAAAAGGACAAAGGAAGUCAUUUUACUUGGACAAAAAAAAGGAACCGCAUGUUCUCGAGCAUUACCAAGCGAGCGAAAAGCACGUUUUUGCAGUACCAAUAGCCUCUUAGAAUAUAAGGUUCUCAGUUUCGAUCCGUUGGCUGGCAACCAAUUUGAUAUGCUAUUUUUUCAGGUCAUGGUUAUUCUUACUUACGGGAACCAAACUGGAUUUGACCUUGUUCCUGAUCAGACACCUCUUGAGGAUGCAAUACAACCAUUCAAGGAUUUGGGUGUCAAGAUUAUUGCGAUUGGUAUUGGAAGUGUAGACAGGGAGCAGCUGGCAACUUUGGUCACUGACCCCAGUGAUAUUCUACAGCCAAAAAAUUUUCAAGAACUCUUGACUUUAGUGAAGACAACGGUUGAAAAGAGCUGUGAAGGUACGUAUUUAAAUAGUUAACUUCAUAUUGGCGCCUCGGCCCUAAAGAUCUGCUUUUAAAAGACAAGAGAAUGGAUUGGGAGCUUUCUGGCCCCUCCCCUCCCCGCUGAUGAUGAUGCGAACAUCUGGAAAUAAAGCGAAAAGUGUCAAGGAGUAUAUGACAGUGGGAGACCCAUUACAAACGAAAAGGGGGUUAGCGUCUAUGAAUCCCGUUUCUUAUUCAUUUUUGGGCAAACGAUUUUAGUAUAAACCGCACAAGCUGCAUUUCCAUGAGUGAAGUCCAAAAUCCGUCGCGCUUGCAACAGCAGUGAAGAAACAAAAAAGCUCUGACAAAGGAAAGGCUCAUUUUACAAAUGGGUCAUAUUUUGAGGCCAGUAAUGUCUUGCUUCACUUAAUCGCUAGAGGGAAUAGGUUACGCACAAGUAAGCUCCUAGCCUCCCCUCCCCCCUCUCCUCCAUCCCCUAUACGAACGGAGCGCCACAUCGAAGGGUCAAAUUUUAUCAAGCGCAGUGGCGUACAUUACAGUUAAUUCACCAGUUAACUGUUCUUGACGCCGUGACAAUGUGUCAGUAAAAAGCGGCAGUAAUAUGAUUGCCUUGUUGCGUUUACUAGGUGGGAACAGCCCCAGUUUGUUGCCCGGUCUGUGAUGAUGAUGAACAUGAGUCGACGGUCACCGGUUCAGUAAACAACGGCAGAUGAGUCAUGCAUAAACCGCAAAUGCCUUAUAGCUUGCCAGCUUUUAAAAAUUGUUUUAUACUUUUUCAGUUGUUAGGAGCAAAGCUAGCGUUAUAUUAGCCUUAUAUUAGUGUAAUCGGCUCCUGUCUUUAGAGCAAAUUCCAUUUUUAAACCGCAGAAGUUGUAAGCAACCUCGUUCCCAGGGUCCUCUCCUAGUCGUCUCCCGAAGCGAGAGAGGAACCUUGAGAAGGAGGCUGGGAAAUAGGCUCUGAUGAACUGGCCUCGAUAUAGACUACGAGUAGUCCCCAUUUUUCCUCAGGGAUAGUAGAGCGAGCGAAACGCGAGCGAGCGUGAAAAUCACCCAACGCGAGAAAGGCGAAACGCGGCGGUUAGAAAGAAAUUUCAUGUUGUCUCUCCCCACCGGCAUCUCUCUUUUCUCGCGUGGGGUGAUUUUCACGCGCUCUCGCGUUUCGCUCGUUCUACUAUCCCUGACGAAAAAUAGGGACUAAUCGUAGUCUAGCCUCGAUAGGUACCGUGGAAAGUAUAUUAUCUGUCGGAUACAACACGCACGUUUCAUACAAAUGGCAAAAUUUCUGAAAGUGAUGAUAAUUCAGUAACGGUACAGGAGACGGUAGAGAUAAUAAUAAUGAUGAUGAUAACUCUGACGGUUUGUUAUAAAGUCAGAAUGAUUGUACUUGAGGAUUCAAUUCUAAUAACUGCAAAUGAUUUUGAAUUUUAAUUUUAUCUCAAUGAUUUUCCUUUAUUAGCACUUCUGUCAAUAAAGCUUGCAUUGCUGUUGUUGUUCUUGUCUGUGAUUAGUACAUUUCGUGGUUAAAGUGCCUCCAGCGAUAUUACCGGGCUGACCUUAUGUCGAGGACAUGAGGGAGCCUUUAAAACACCCAAUUUUAACUGAAUUGAAAUAGUAAACCGAACCUUACGGCAGGAGAGUAAUAGAAAAAAUAAAACAAAAACAAUUAAAUGGAUAAUUGUAUUUGGCAAAUAUAUUCCACUGUGUUACUUGUUUUCUUUCUUUAUUUUUCUAUGACUCAUCUGCCGCAAGGAUCAGUUUGCUGUUUAAUUUUGAAAUUUGGUAUUGAAGAUUUUACUGAUCCACAGAUUUACUAAAGAUCCGCUGACCCUCAUACCCUCACUGGUUUCUUACGGUAUACUUUUAGAUACUUCAGAGCUUUUGGGGCGAAAAAGAAACUCCCCUCUUUCUAUGAGCGUAAUGGAAGCCAAAGAUUUGAAACAGGAAAACCUUAACGUCAUAAAAAGGUCAAAAAUACCAUUUCGGGCAGGUUACUUGUCUGAAAAGAAUUAGAAGAGGAGUUAAACCCUGAAAACCGUUUCUCGCUACGAUACUCAAAAUUCGAAUUAUGGGACUUUAAAGAUACAGCAUUAUAGUGUACCCCCUGGAACCAUACCUUUCCUUAAUAAAACGAUCGACUUCUUUGAUUUAUUUUACUGCAAAGUAAGCUGUUUUUUUUUCGGUAACAUAAACCUUUCUUAAUGGUCCAAUUCUCGUAUCAUCUUAGAUUUUCGUCUUUUGACUUAAAAACGCUAGUUUUUGGAAAACAAAAACUGAUCACCUGACAUUUUAUUACAAAAUUUUCUUUUUACUUUUAAUUAGAUUCGAAAAUAAAGGCAAUUACGUUAAAAUCAUCUCAUAUCCAACAAGCGCGAGUGGAAUAAUUGUUUUAUUAAAACGCCUACAGAAUAUCGAGAAUUCUUCCCGACUUUAUUUGUAAAAACCAACUAUUUUCAGCUUGUUUUUAAUUUUAAGCAGACGCGUACAACCGUUACCAAACUUGGAGAGCAUGGUAUAAUGGAUCAUAUACCCACAGGUAGCCUAAGCUCCAAAUAUGAGCAUCGGCGAGCAUCGGCAUUGUUGCGUAACAUUCAAAAUAUAAGGAUUUGUAUGGGAAAAAACCUAUCGUUUCUGUAACCUACGAAAAUAAAAGGAUUUCAAUAAAAAGCAGCUUACCUUACUUAAAAUGUGUGUCACGUCUCUCCUGUGUGGUCCACGGGCCGAUUUAUGGCCGUUGUAUGAGUUUUUAUGUAAACAGUUUUCUGUCUAUAUAAAGAAGGUGGGCACUCCAGCGAAGUGGCCCGACUGAUUGUUGUAUUGCCUGCAUGCAGACGUCUCCUAUUUCCGUUGUUGCAACAAAGGAAAUAGGAGACGUCUGCACGCAGGCAAUACGUUGUAAAGAAUCUAAAGAAAUUAAGACUAAGAAUCUAGUACUGGAUUCUAACAGCGAGACGCAGUCCUAAUUUGAGUUACGUCCGAUGCAUUCGGAACAGGCCUGACUUCAACAACAACAAAAAAACAACAACAACAACAACCACAAGAAAAAACAAAUAAAACUUUUCAUGUACACGUAUACAAUGACACGAGCCACGUUCUUCGAAAACAAAAAUAACAAAACUACUGAUACUAGCCAUGAGUAUAAUUUCCCGUUUCCGAUGACUUUAAUGGCGAGGCCGGAAAUAGUUCUGAAGUGGUGUUUAUGGCUAUAUGCUGAGUCAUGCACUAUCGUAUAAUUUGGCCCACCCUACAAGUCCUUUUGUACUGUAUCUGAAGCAUAUACCUUCUUAUUUAAAAGAAAUUUUUGUCGUAUGUUUGGUAGCACGGCGGGUCUUUCAUAUGAAACACUGAGGAUGCGUGUCGUCUGCAAUCAUUUUUGUAAACCACAUUUCCGUUUGUGUAACACUUCAGCAUUAGUCUGGACGGAACGCAAAAAUUUUUAGGCAUACGGGCAAUACCCAGAAUAAAUAAAGCAGACUAAAAAAAAAAAGAAAGAAAGAAAGUUUCGAUGACAUCUACAUUACGUGCUUUAUAGAAAUUAAAACUGUUACAUAAUUAUUUGGCUGUCAUGUCUGUUCACUGAGUUAGAGGUAAAUAUUAGAAAAAAGGCUCGAUCCACGCACACGAGUUUGGCGGUCCCAAAAAAGGGUUCAAUCCAAUGUUCGUCAGUCAGCGGUGGUUUUCUCUUGGUUUUCCUCGUUGAUAUCCUGUUGCCUUGCGGUUAUAAGACAUCUUUGUCUAUCAUAGACCUUAGACUACAGAGCUUUUUGUAUCAUCCCAGUACAUACUGUAAAGCUACCUUUGUAGUCUACUAACCUACAAGGCCCUUUGAAGAGACUAACAAAGGUACAACAACAACAACGAGCUUUAUUUGCAUGACCAUAUAAGCACAUACAGUAUUGCAAAAGCUAUGUUUAGGAAUCAAAAUUACAACACAGGGCAAUUACGGGCUUUGAUAAAAAUUUGUCACGAACAUCAAAACAAGCUGAAAUAUAUUUUAUGAAUUGUAUUUUGAUAAAGUAAUUAGAAGAGUUCAUCAGUUCAUUGAUCAAGACGUUUAAAGGUAACUGGGUAAUAUUUGGAAUCAGAGUCUUGACUUUAUAGUAAAAUUUCAUUUCUAAUCAUAGAGUAUGUAGGAUAUUGAAAAAGAAAGUGAACUCCGUCUUCUUUCAAUUACAUCCACAAAAAGGGCAAUGCCUAUUAUCCUUCGUAGUUUGAUUGUAUCUGCCUAUUUCUAUCAUUAGUUUGUGAUUGCUUAUUCGUAGUUUUACUAAAACUCCCUCUCCCAACUGUUCCUCUUGUUAAGUCUAAGUAACUAGAGGAGGUAUGAUCGGUUUUAAAAGAUCUAUAAAAUUCAAGUUUUUGAGAAUGUUGGAGGACGUUUUGACAAUAUGAGAUAUAUUCCUGUUUCAUUGAACUUACAUAGCUUUUUACCAUAGCUAUAUCUAAUAAAUCAGGGUUAAAGUCAGGAAGCUUAAAGUAUUCUGACAUAUUCAUUAAAUGAGAGUGGAAGCUAUUUUUGCCAUUACAGGGUAAGUCGAAUGACAUUAAAAAAGCUUGUUUGACACUCGAAAAAAGCCUUUAGGACCUUUAGCCGGUCUCGAAAACUCACAGGCAAGAUUAAACUUGAAUGCUUUUAUAUGGCGAUGCUCUGAAUUUUGCAAAGGAUCGAGUAAAUACACCCACAUGUUGGUUGUUAUGAGUCAUCCAAAUUAGUGAAGAGUUUUACAUAUACUGAUCUGUAGUUUCUAUCAGCUUUUGGUUGACGCCGAUGAAAUAAAACCUGAUUUAGCUCGGGCGGAAAUCCGCCACUUAAAAACGAACAGCGCCCUACCGGAAUGAGUCACGUUGGCUGGGUAGAAAAAAAAUGGUGAACAAAAAGCAGACAAUACCAUAAGCAAUCCAGUCUUUAUUUAGGAGUUGCUAAGGACAGCGCACUCAACAAGGUUUGAAUUCCGAAGGUGAAGACAAAAUAACAACCGCAUUGUCAGCUAACUACUGAGAGCUCACAGAAGUACGGUAAGCCGUUUGCCUGUUAUGCCUACAAUGUCGCACUUUAGCCGCUCCACGUAGAACGUGCCCACGUCUACAGUUAGAAAAGUGACUUAAAUGAUCGCUAUUUCCUGCGCAAGAAACUGCACCGUCAGGGUGUGCUGACCAGUAAAAGACAUUAGAGAUACAAGCUCCUGACCAAGGUAGAACCAUCUCAGUACCCAGCGUAGAUGAUCUGUUACCUUACGUCUCUUGUCAUGAAGUAGCCUGCGAACGACCGACGUUUCUCCUCGCUCAUCGCCGCUGAGGGACGUUUCGCGAGGAGAAACGUCUGCCGUUCGCAGGCUAGUCAUGAAGAUCAGGCUGCAGACGGUUAAAAGGUGGUUAACAAUAUCCAUUGGAUGAAUUUCUAUCCACUGAAUAGCGCAAUUGGUUUCCCUAACACUUAUCCACUGGAUAGUGAUUUAUCCGUUAGAUAGCACUAUCCUUCUUUUGAACACCUGAGGCCAGAUCCCACUGCAUUUUUACUGCACUGCCUCUUUAAAACAUGAACUAUCUCACUAACGGCGAUAUACUAAACCUGUGGGAAUUCAACACACAACAUCGCAGAGAUAAAAAUCAUAAUUUCAUACACUUUAUCUAGGGGCUUAAAAGAAAGACUGCAGCAGAUUCCGAGGCUGGAUAAAAGAAAAAUAUUUUAUUUGUUGGUUAAUUAUAAACAAAACCCCAUCCCUCGGCUCUGUCAGUCCCUGAGUGGGUAUCCUACAUAGCUUCAAAGUUUUGAUCACUUUCAAUGUACUUUUGGCUUUGUCAUUUCCGUUGAGUAUGAUUAUCACAGUAAAUAAAACCCCCGGGAGGUACUUGCCGAAGUUUUCAAGUGCGAGGAGACUCCGCUCCGAAGUCCAGCCCCUUACCCUUUUAUGUAACGCUUUUGACAGAGAAGAAACCCCUUUAGUUUACCUUCUAUUGACAAAUGGUACCCUUUUCGCAUAACUUGUUUAGAACACUACAUCCCCUUUAACUGCUUUCAAUCAGUGCUCAGUCUAGAAAGUUUUCUCGUUCUUUUCACAUCCAUAAAUUGCGUCUGUAAGCCCUUUUGGCCUAGCUUGGGACCAGGCUCCGCCGGUUAGGAGGACAAGGAGAAAAAAAAUCGGUGUGGGCGAAAAAAAAAAAGAAAUCGGCUAACGAAGCGAGCCGAGAGGUAGUCUGGGGAGCGGAAAGGGUAGCGAAAUGACAUAUUUCCCUACCCUUUCAUACGCUUCAACUGAUGAAAUCCUGAGUACCCUUUUAUUUACCUAGUAGCCAACUCGAAAGCUUGGCGCCUUUGGCUGCUACAUACUUUUUCCUUUGUUAUGUUUAAUUCAAUGUAUAGUUAGCUGUGUUUUUACUUCUUAUUUUUUCUUAUUGUUGUUGUAUUGUAAUUGUAUAAGUGUGAAUAAAUGAACUUGAACCUAAGGUCUGAAAAAGGUACCCCUUUCGGGAGGAGCCUCCCCGUAUAGGCCGUUAUAAGGAGUACCCCCUGGAGCAAAUCCGAAGAGCGACGGGUUUUUUUAGUAUAUUCCUCAUCAGAAACUGUUUUUUUCCUAUCCUUUUGUGUCUUGUAUUAAAAAAUAAUCUCUCUCCAUCCUAUACGCGAUCUAAGUUUAAUAGAACGGAAAAAGUGAACAACUGUUCCUGUUCUAGCGCCUUAUCUUGGAUCCCGAGAUAUGAUCGACUACAAUUUCAAACUUUGUCUUCUCGAAAACUUCCUUUUCUGCAAGAGAACCCUCCAUGCAAGAUCUGAUAAAAAUCUGAUAAAAGACACUCUUUCAUAGCAAGUGCAAUGCGAUCACUUACACGGUCAGGUGGGCAAACUGUUUAAGCUGACCGUGCGAAGAAUCAAUAUAGUAAUAUCUAGCUGGAAAAUCGCAGCUUUUGAGCAGAUGAGUCUAAUUUAUCUCCUGGAUAACUAUUUAUCCGUUGGAUGAAUCUUUAGAAGAUAGCGAUAACGACCAAUAUUAGUAUAAAUUUUACCAUGCAACGAAUUACGCAUCUUUGGGUGUGGCAUGACGACAUCAAGUGCUUUUUCUACCCUGGAGGCAAGUUUGAAGGCAAAGUUCUCUUCUUAUCCAUAUCCGGUUUUAAAACGUAUUAAUCUUAAUUUACAAGCAGCUGUUAUUUUUGCGAGUCAAUCUGUUUUGAUGAUAUAUAUCUGGCUCUAACCGUUUGUAAGCCCAGCUGCCGGGCAUGGCCGCUCAUAAAUUUUAUACAGUUUUAUUUUGACUGAAGAGGAAUACACUUAACUUUUAGAAUAGAUAAGAGAGUGCGGUUGUAUCUGCAUUCUUUGUUCUUAUCACUCAUUGAAGAACGUCAUCAAUGAUUUCAGACUAUUUUCAAUUACGCAAAGCACUGACCAACAAGGCAAUUGUUUGAAUUGAAUCUAGAACCUUUUCUUGCAAACUUAAGCCUUAAAAACAAUCUCGCCCCCAGAGCUUUUCUCCCCAGAAAUUUCCCAAGGGGAAAACCCUGGUUAACAAGGUUGAGUUAGAAUUGCGAAUUUAAUAAUUGCACUGAAAAAUAUACUGAGAUUGUUUCAGAAGAAAAUAGAUAGGAGAGUUUCGUAACACAGUCCUAGAGCCGAAAAAUGUCUUGAAGUUGAAUUGAAUGUGAUUGAUAAUUCAACUGAGAAAAGUUUAUCUUAAAACAGCGUAUUCGUCUCAAUCUCAUCCAUAUACAUCCGUUUGGCCGUGACCUUGAACAGUUUACCGUAGUAAAUCACACCAUUUAAAAAGUAUAUUGGGCUCACAAAAAAAGUAUAAAAAGGCACGAGCUGUACCUAAACACUACAGAUUUAGCGUCCAUUCUUCCAUUCACCGCAUUUUUUUAAGGCCGGAAGUAUUACGUUAUGGCGGUUUUAAACUUCUUAAGGGGCGACGCCUGUUUUUGAUCAUAGUCGUGCUGCCUCUCAUACCAUGAAAUAAACAAUAUUUUGCUCAAAGAGAUGCCAACACAACUCUUAAAGUCAAGAAAAUUCAGAGAAUUUUUUUAACAAAGUAUUUAGGAACAAGAGAAUCAAGCGAAAGAUCUGCUGGUCUGACAGUUUACAUUCGGAAAGUUACGCUAGGACAGGUACGAUUUCUUUCGCCGUGGACUCUGGCCACAGUUCAAGGGAGACUAUUUGGGUGUCCUUUUCUGCAUGCGACCCAAAACAAGUUACUGUUUAGUCUCGCUGGUGUCGUCCUGAAUCAGUUUCAAUUUCUCUCUUAAUCAUCAGAGAAGAUUUACAUUCUUUGGCUGAUUAAUUUUUCCGAACAAGUUUUAAAGUCUUUACAAAUAAUCUAG